UUUGUGUUAUCAGGCUACGUUUCGUAUUCCAGCCGAUGCAUUGGGCUCCUCAUUUGGGUCCUAUUGAUCCUGAGAUGACUCGUGACGUUGACUUCUUUAUGUAUCCGGAUAACAACUUGCCGUGAAUUUCCUUUCUUCACUCCGCUGCAUCGCCUUUGUUCUAUCGAAUGUAAACCGCAUGAUCAAACGCCAUGUUGAACCGAAAUAAAACAAUAAAAUAUAUGUAAGCUGACAACUUGUUUUGUUGCAUAAUUUCUAAAAGCGAUUCAUGAAACUAUCUUACAUACACCGUCAUUUAAACGUUCGUGCCAUUAUCGAGUGAGGAGAAGGAAUUGAAUUCGACUUAACGCCUAGUUUCUUUUUCUCAUCCUUUAUUCGUCCCCUCAUGCAGAUUCCGCGUUACAUCAUUACCUUGCACGAACUACUUGCCCACACGCCACACGAGCACGUGGACCGAAAAAAGCUCGAAUACGCUAAAUCAAUGUUGGAGCAAAUCUCUCACAUUAUGCAUGAUGAGGUCAGCGAGACAGAAAAUAUACGGAAAAAUUUAGCCAUUGAGCGCAUGAUCGUGGACGGGUGUGACCUGUUGCUAGACGUCAAUCAAGUGUUUGUUCGUCAAGGAACAUUGAUCCAGGUUAUUUGCGACAAACCCCGGUCGUCCAGGAGCCGACUGGGCACUUUCGGAGCUUCAUCUCGAGAACGUAAGGAGGCAAUUAGACAAGUGUUCUUGUUCACAAAUCACCUACUCAUUACCGCACGAACAAGCAACGGGCGACUUCGCUUAGUCAAGGAGGUUGCUCUUCUCAUUGAUACACCACUGCAUAUUUCUAUACUAGACCCACUCACUUAA